AAGCCAAAAGCCCACAGCUCCCCCAAACCCAGUGGAUCUGUGAUGCUCUUCCUGUGACCCGGAGGUGUGGAAUUUCCCUCUUAGUGACUCUCCUGCGCUGAUUUCUGCGGAGUCCCUCAGGUGCAGAGACAAUCCCGUUAUGGAAGGCAUUGGAGGACACCCACAUCAAGAUGGUAAAGUUGAGAUGGGACUUUGGAGAUCCAAGAUGCCUGUACCCCCAGGUACCUCCUCUAGACACUCCAAAAUGGAUGAUUCAGCCAAGAAGGAGGUGAUGGCUCGUCCUGAAUUUGGGAAGAUCACCGAUUUGAAUCAUCAGGUGUGGUUCCUUCAGGGUGACACCCUUGUGGCCAUUCCAGGGAGUACCAAUGUGUCUCCAGUCACUGUAACUUUCAUGCCAUGCCAAUAUCCAGAGCUGUUUGAGAAAGACAAAGGCAUUCCAAUUUAUUUGGGAAUAAAGACUCCAGAAAGGUGUUUGUCUUGUGAGGAUGUUCAAGGGCAACCCACACUGAAACUGAAGGAGGAAAAGAUCCUGGAUCUGUACAACAAGGACAAGCCUGUGAUGCCCUUUCUCUUCUACCAUGACAAGAAAGGAAGGACCUCCACAUUUGAGUCUGUAGCCUUCCCUGGCCAGUUCAUUGCUUCCUCAGCGAGAGGCCAGCCCAUUUUUCUCACUUCAAAACGGGGAGAAACAUACAACACGGAGUUUGAUUUAGUUACAGGGUUUUGAAACCAGGCAGGAGGUCGAAAUGUGGUCACACUUCCAUCUUCUAAUUCCCAAUAUGGUUUUGUCUAUAUCCUAUCAUUAAAAUAGUACACCAUUUCCACACCUAUAUAAAGAAUUGAGCAGGGCUGCGAUGAUCUCAUUUUAGGGAUGAAGAAGAAAUAACCAAGGAAUCAAAUGUGGACUCAGAACCAGGAAGGAUGGAAUGUUGCAUGGUUCUCCUCACAAGCCAACAUUUUCCAUUUUCCAGAUCAGAGUCAUGUGAGUUCAGGACCAUUCGCUUCAAAACUCUCAGAAAUUUACCCAAGAGUUGUGACUCGCAUCAUGUUGCUCUUUGUUAUGUGUUCUUUCCUUUUUCAUGCCUUACUUUCUGUAAUCUUACUAUCUUGUCUGUGUCCCUCUUCGACCUUUAGAAAUGAAAGGACCCUUGUGUUUCAUGGAAUUAUUUUGUCCCCCUUUCCCCAAUUUAAAUGUGUGCACAUAAAACCAAACAUGCAUGUUUAUGUAUAAACACAAGCGGUCUAACAAAAAUAGAUCUAAAGUGAAAUUAGAAAACUCAGAGACUAAACUGAGAUUAGUAGACUAUAAUUGAAUGAAAACUGUAAUCACGGUGGCCAGCAUGGGAAUGGGGUAUGUCUAGGGAGUAAAGGAGCCUUGUCAAUGGUGAUCAAUUCAAGGCAGGGAAUUAAGCCUGAAAUGGAUGACGUGAAAUGACACUCCAGAACAACAAUUCUGUUUACAGCCUCACAGACUUGGUUUCUCCUGCUUAUGCUAGUCUUUUCCAUUUAGGCAGAUUCACUAUCCUUUAAAAACGACUGUAAGUUGCUUUAGAAGGCUCUUUAGGGAACAGAAAGCUUGAUUUCCUACCAGCCAUGCAUCAGAUGAUACGUUCUGAUGAAAUUUAGCGUGUGCUUUUAGAAGUGACUGUAGAGAGAUUUAGCUCAGUUCAAUUUAUAAAUAUAAAAGAUUUCCCUAGAGUUGACUUCAAUACUACUAAUGCAUAAAAUGCUUGCUUCCUUAGGUAAAUUCUACAAAAUAGUGAUAGUAAUUAAAAACGUUUUUAAACUUUAGAAUAAUCAGUUUUCACAACUCUGUUAGGAACGCCAACAAACAAUUUACAAGCCAAUUUAAUGCAACAUCUCUUGAUUCUUUAACAUUUUCUUCAGUUGCAUACAAUUUCAGCUCUGCAAUUUUAUUAAAAUGGGCACUUAAGCUAACUAGUUUUUGGAUAGAAAAAUCAGUCAUUGAAUAUUGAGUUAGUUAGUUUAUUGUGCCAACCUGGCCAAUAAACACA